AUGCAUCGUUUUUUACUCUGUCUGGCUUCGGCUUUGACUAUCUCUGCGUUCUGGGGACAGGUAAAUGUCUAAUUUAAGAAAUUUUCAUCUAUUUGAUUUUUUUAAAUUCAUUCUUACCAUUUCCAUUCCUUGUAUGAUUAUCUCACUUGUAUUUUUGACAUGCCUUUCAAAACUAAGAACUCUCCACAAGAGCAAGUCUUUCAUGUCACUUUGACACAGUUAAUACUACGAAAUAUCGGUUUUUCUAGCAAUUGCUACUUACCUCAACUUGAAGGUGCAAGCUGUUUCCCUACCGUCGGCAGAUCUGGAAGCCGCGGAAGGCGCAAUUCUACGCAUCGCUCACGCCGACAAGCUCCAGAAGAACUUUUCGGAAGAGGUCCCGUCGGAAACCCAAGAAGCCACUUUCGUGACCGCCGAGCCUGUUGAGAUCCUUCCACGUAUUGGCGAACAGGCUGAGGAGUCUACCGAUAGAGAUUUAAAGACAAUCUUCCACUAA